AUGUCUGGCAGAGGGAAAGGAGGCAAAGGACUGGGGAAAGGCGGAGCGAAGCGGCACUGCAAAGUGCUUCGCGAUAACAUCCAGGGCAUCACCAAACCGGCCAUCCGCCGCCUGGCUCGCCGUGGCGGUGUCAAGCGCAUUUCAGGCCUGAUCUACGAGGAGACCCGCGGGGUGCUGAAGGUCUUCCUGGAGAAUGUGAUCAGGGAUGCUGUCACCUACACCGAGCACGCCAAGCGGAAGACGGUCACCGCCAUGGAUGUGGUGUACGCUCUGAAACGGCAGGGCCGCACUCUCUACGGAUUCGGCGGCUGA